GAGGGUGCUGUCUCCACCUCCCUCUCAAACGCAGCCCACCCCCGACGUGUAGCCGAGCCCCCACCUCUUGUUGUCCCUACGGUAACACCGAGAUGGAGACAUAGAGACGCGUCCUGCUCGUGGACAGGCACAUCGCGGAGCAAGCGAUUUAAAAGCGCCGAACAAUCAACCGAUGAACUUAAUUCACUCUUGAAUUAACCGUCUCCCCUUUAUCUUUUGUUUCUCAUCGUCGCUGAUUUUUUUUAACCGCCACCCUGAAGUUCAUCGUUGUCAUUUUGGCCGCCGGGAUGGUGGCGUUUAUCGGAGCGGUUAUAUGCAUCAUCGCCGCGGUUCACAGCGGAUCUCCGCCGGCGUCCGCGACCGCAGCGCAGCCCCUGGCUGACAACCAUUCACUCUCACCGGACGCCACCGGGAAGACGUUCUCCACCGGCUCCGUGGCCCGAGCAGGACCGCUGGACGCUCUUCACGGGACCGACGCGACCAGCAGGGAACGAGGGGGACCGGAGGCGCCGACCUUCUACGGAUUAACGGGACUGGGCACCGGAGGCAGCGAGCAGCAGGUCACCUACAGCAGACUCAUCUGCACCCCUGUCCCCGCCGGUGAGUGCAACCCAAAAAACUUUCAGCAACAAGCGGACGACCCGUCGUUGUACGCGGGAGAGGACUGGGGGUACCUGCGCACCACCGCCGAGGAGCUCCGGCAGACCGUCCUGCAGCAGAAGGACGAGAUCCUCACGGAUCAGAGAACCAUACGGGAGCUGACGGGAAAGCUGUCGGAAUGCGAGAGCGGCUUGAAGGGACGCAGGGUCCCGGAGCGGAGCGCGGCGCUCGGGGACGCGCGGAAAGAGAAUAAGGAGCAACUCAUGAUGCGGGACGAUGCGGGGUCCUCGAUGCGGAGCGCUCACGCGAUGGACGAGCUGGUGCAUGCCAUAACUCAAAUGAAAGACCGCAUCGAGAAACUGGAGUCUGAAAUGGCCCCAUCGGCGUUCAAUCACACAGACACGGGCUCACAGAAAGCAGUCGCCGCUCGUACGCCGGCGGUGGCAGCGCAGAGACGAGUGGAGGAUCUGGAAGGAGAGCUGAAGAGAAAGAUAAAACUGCUGGAGGAGGAGAGGAAAGCGCUGCGGAAAGAGACCCAGAAACAUCAGGAGCAUAUCGACUACGGACUGGACACUGUACACCAGAGGAUAAGCAGCUUGGAGAAAGGUCUCUCCGAGAACAAGUUUCCAGAAGGUUACAGGCUCUCAUUCCCCGUACGCAGCACUUCCAUGUACGCCACUGUAAAGCAGGAAAUCCCAGCCCUCCACGCUCUGACGGUCUGCAUGUGGAUCAAACCUGCAAAGAGCGUCUUGGGAACGGUAGUCUCUUACGCUGUCUCUGACCAGAGCCACGAGUUUGUGCUUCAGCAGUUGGUUCAUGGACCCAUUGAGCUCAUCGUUAAUAAUGAGGUGGCGCCGAUACCUCUGAACUUAACAGUGGGCAGAUGGCAGCAUGUGUGUGUGAGCUGGAACCGGAGAGCCGGAGCGUGGCAUGCCUACUUAGGGGGCAAACUAAAGCUCGAAGGAAAUGACCUGGCAACCCGUCACAGCAUCCGACCGGGAGGAACUCUCAUACUUGGCCAAGAGCAGAGCUCAAUGGGCGGUCUUCGCUUCCAAGCGUCCCGGGCUGUGGUGGGAGAGCUGUCUGAGUUCAACAUGUGGGACCGGCCUCUUUCACACAUGGAGCUCUCUGCUCUUGCCCGCUGCAGCACGGGCAUGCUGGGUAACGUAGUCCCAUGGACCAGCCGCGAGGUGGAGGUUUUCGGAGGCGUCACCAAACAACCAGCCGAUCAUUGUGAGCAUCGCAACAGCGCCAGACAGUGAUGGGCUCCUGUUGAGGGCCAGAGAGUCAAAGGCAGGGUGUUCAGAGAUAGCACAGAUUGAUCAGAGGGCAAAACCACAACAUGGUCAUGUUGAUUUCUUUAAGGCAGAGUUUUUGGUUAGUGGUGUUUCCUGACAUGCCUAACUAUCAUUCGUGUUCAGGCUUAGUGAUUUGAACAAAGCACUAACCCCAAGUGUUAAAUAACGCAUAACUCGUCCCACACCGCUUGUGCUACAAACAAGAAUGAUACCUCAAAUCAAGUGGCUUGUUGAGGAGAACUGUGCUCUUAUUUUUAGAAGCAAUCAAACCUGUGGUUUUCUCUUGGCUGAUGAUAAUAUUCUAGACUUAAAAAAUUAAAAAGUUUAUCUGCUUACCCCGAGGUCAUCCAAGGUGCUAGCUGACUUUUUUCUUUAGUAGAACAGUAGAAGAUUUUUCACCAAAUUAAACUCUACGGCUCGUGACACAUUGAGGUGUUAAGACAUGAAAUUAUCUAUUCCUCGAUAUCAUUUUUUACUUUAUAUUUCACCAUGUCUGACACAAAUAAAAAAUUGUCGUCAUUUUCUCACCCUCAUAUUGUUCCAAACCUAAAUGUUUCUGUUGAACACAAUAGAAGAUAUUUCGAAAAAUGUGUGUGACCAAACAGUUGUUUUUAUUUUUUUCAUAAUAUGGAGGUCAGCGGCUACCAGCAAUUCUUUAAAAUAUCAUCUUUUGUGUUCAACAGAAGAAAGAAACCCAUACAGGUUUGGAACAAAUAAUGAAAUUGUGGAGGGAACUGUUGCGAUCAAGUUUACCAUUGUUUUUUUUUGUUUGUUUGUUUGUUUUGCAAGAUUUGCAGAUUUCACAACGGGUUCAAAUCGGUCGCGUGGAUUCGUUGCGUUGGCCAAGAGAAAGCUGAUAGGUUUGUAAUUGUAUGAGGUGGUCUUCAUGCUAUUUACAGUGGAUCUUUUUUGCCAAGAAUAAGUUUACCAAUAUUAAUGUGACCACACCUUCACUUAGACAAGCCACAUCUAGGGACCACAAUAUCAUAUCCAGUUUCACAGGCUCCUUUUUCUACUCGUAACGUACUAAAAUAAUUCAGAACAUCUUUGCAAUCUUAAAGCGAUGCACUGACAGCGAACCACGACACUUUUGCAUCAUAGGGGCGAGUUUUUUGCGUGGGAAAGUAUCUCUCUGUUUACAUUAUUUACACCUUAUUUACUAGUCAUACCUUGUUGAACAUCUGAGUGGCAAACAUCGGUGUGAACAUUUGAUGUGGGAUCUUCAGGCUCAGUGCCUGAUAAAAGGAUUUAUUUUUUCCCCACGGUUCAAAGCAAAUAUUUGCAUACCCAUUCAGAUGUGUUGUUAUUUAUAUAGUGUAUUUGAUUGAAAUUAGUUCAGAAAAAACACACUCGCACAGCUCAAGUUGUUUGCUUUUAGUCUGCCGUUUUCACAUACUUUUUUUUUUUUGUAUGUUUGAUCUCUUCAAGUUUUUUUUUUUUAGAUGUUUUUGAAUCACACUGUUUCUAUGGUGAUCACUCCAGCAGACUGAAUCCUAUUGGUCAGAGCAGUCCUGGUUGAAUUCCUCUCCAUUAAAAUCCCUUUAACACCAUCAGAAUCGCAUUGAAUCAGAACGAACAGACCGAAAAGGGAGCAGUCGAAGAAGGCGUUUGGCCGGAUGAAUACUUUAGCAAUAUUUCAUAGAAUAACUACGUUAACCUUUAAAGCCAUGGUUUUGAAACCCUUUACAAUGUGGCACCUACAGUAUCAUGCUUUCUGAGAACGGUUUUCAGUGUUAAACUGCAAUUCUCUACAUACAAACAAAUAUCUUCUCAUGCUGGGAAAUUAGCAUGUACAGCCUAUAUAGAUUUAUACGAAAAUCUAUUCAACAAAAUAAUACUUGUAAAAGCAAAAAGCGGCAAACAUUCCAUAUGAUGAAUGUAUAAUACUCUCCACUAUAUGUACGUUCCACCAUCUAUCUAUCUCUCUUCAUAACUGUGACUGUAAAGACAUCUGGGAGCUUAUGUAAAUUACGCCGCACAUAUGAUAUGCUUUAUGUGGAUUUUACUCAAUGUAUUAUUUAUAUGUAAAAUGCAGCAGGCUGGAAAAAGCCUGCUUUGUGGCCUUGUCAAACACAAGAAUGUUUUUUCAAAUGCAUAACCAUUAUAUAUAUAUAAUAUAUAUAUAUAUAUAUAUAUAUAUAUAUAUAUAUAUAUAUAUAUAUAUAUAUAUAUAUAUAUAUAUACACACACACACACACACACACACACACACACACACACACACUGAUAGACAGAACUGAGAUUAUUUUGGAUGUGGUUAUGUGUGCAAACAGUUGUUUUACAAGCAUGUGUUUUGAGAUUCCAUGGCCAUUUGAUUGGACGGCACAAUAUAAUCAUAAUGGUUGGGAAUUGUGUUUCAGCACUAAAUAUCUCUUCUUUUGGAUGUAUAGUGUAUUUGAUGUUGUUAGUGCAAUGCCUGUUUGUUUGCAUUCAGUGGUCAUUUUGUGAUGUUCAAUUCUCUAAAUGUACAUGAAAAAGCUUUAUAAGAGCGGUUUACAAAUGAUUGUUACCUUUUCCGGGAAUAUAUUUGUUACGAAGAACGAAGAAAUACCUUGGAAGUUGGAUAUAAAGUUCUCUCUUUUUGCCUGAAUGUUUUUCUACACGGAGGAUUUGCUCAUUUACAUUUUUUUAAAUCUUCUUCUUCUUCUGUCCUGUAAUGUUCAUUUCUUGCAUUCUGUCUUUGUCUGUGUUGAAAUGGAGAUCAAACGUGUUGAAAUCUAAGAUGAAAAUGAGAAUUAAAAUAUAUAGCACAACGAA